AUGCCGCACAUGAUGACGACAUUCAACUCACGCGCAGGCCGACUCGCGGUGCUCGCAGUCUUUUUUAUCCUUGCCCUUAUCUGGAUUUUGCCGAGACAGGAGGCCCAAGUAUCUCCAACCUUCUAUGCUGGGAAUGGAUACAAUAGCAGUCACCCUAUCGACGCUCUGAUCGAUACCGCGGAGACCGAUCUCCACGAACUCUUAGGAACCCAGGCGCACGACCUCCAAACCGCCGCAGAACAAUAUCGAGCGCGCCGCGGAAGACAUCCUCCUCCGGGAUUUGGAGAAUGGUACAAGUUCGCAAAGUCAAAAGACUCAUUGAUCAUUGAAGAAUUUUUCGAUCAGAUCUAUCACGACCUGACUCCAUACUGGGCUCUCGAGCCGAAGGAAUUGCGUCGACAGGCUAAAAGCAUCCCGACCCGUAUCACCAUUCGCAACAAAAUUGCGAUAUUGAAAACCGAUGAGCCCAGAAAUUGGAUGGACUCAUGGUAUGAUCUGGUCGCCAAAUUGGAGGACGGACUUCCCGACCUUGAUAUGCCGAUCAAUGUCAUGGAUGAGACCCGACUCGUCGUCCCCUGGGAGGAAAUCAACGAAUACCUGCAGGAGGAGCAAGCAAACCGCGUUAUGAUGAAUCCGAGCCAUGUCAUCUCCGAAUACAUGUCUUUGGUCGAUUCGGAUCACGAUGACCUGGAACCCUACGAUCCUAGUUUUACAGUUCCAGGCGAGGGAGGAUACUGGGAGAUGGCUCGGGUUGGCUGCCCGCCUGGAAGCCCUGCACGCAACAUCACCCUGCCCAAGGUGGAUUUCAGUACUCCUCCUUGGGAAUAUGAUAAUUUCGAGAGAAUGUCAUACCACGGUUAUGUAUCAAACUAUACGCUGACCAAGGACCCGUGUGUGCGCCCAGAGAUGCAAGUCUUGCAUGGAACCUUCCUUGAGCCAAUCUCUGUUUCAACCUCGCACAAGCUCAUGCCACUGUUCGGUGGGUCCAAGCUACCAAUGAACAAUGAGAUUCUUCUUCCCCCAGCGAUGUACUGGGCACAGAACGACCAUUAUUCCGGUGGAGAAACGGAACACGGUGGUUCCUGGGCAUCGAAAUCAAACAAGGCUGUAUGGCGAGGUGCUGCUACCGGAGGCCGAGCCCGAGAGCCCAACUGGACGGGCUUCCAGAGACACCGAUUCAUGUCGAUGAUGAACGCGACAUCAGUGUCUCAGGCCGAGAAGAACCAAAGCCAUGGUGUCAACUUCAGACUUCCAAACUAUGCCGAUUACAAGUUGAAGGGCGAUGGUUUUAUCCCGCAGCUUCUCUCAGAACAUACUGACACGGGGUUCAACCACCUGGUUUGCACUCCUUAUAUUGAAUCGGACCCGACCUGCCCGUACCUCGAUCCAUAUUUCGAGGUCGCACCUGGCAUGCCAAUGAAGCAGAUGUACAACUUCAAGUAUCUACCCGAUCUUGACGGGAACUCGUUCAGUGGCCGGUACCGUGGAUUUAUGUUGUCCACUUCGCUCCCUAUCAAAGCUACUAUCUACAAUGAGUGGCACGACUCGCGACUGAUCCCUUGGAUACACUUUGUCCCUAUGGAUACCACCUACCUCGACUUUUAUGGAAUUAUGGCUUAUUUCCUCGGCGGACGGGACAAGGUAGCCCGUAAGAUUGCCCUCGCUGGGAAAGCCUGGGGCGAGAAGGUCCUCCGACGGGAGGACAUGGAAAUCUACACAUACCGACUUCUCUUGGAAUAUGCACGCAUUUGUGAUGAUCGGAGGGAAUUCCUGGGUUAUGUCGACGAUCUCAAGAUGAGUUAA